CCAUAAAACACAGCGUGCAUUACGUAUUCAGAUACUGCUUUGCUUCAUCCUCUCUAAAAUUUAACACCGAGGAGUUUAAGAAAUGAAGAUAGGGAACUCGAAUUAUUUUUAAAGUUUGGAUCAAUGUAAAGGCAAUCUAAUAUUUGGAAAAUGCUUGCAAUAUUCUCCUGGCGAGAAGAUCCUGGAGCCCAGUGCCUGCUGCUUUCUCUUCUGCUCCUCGCAGCCUGGGAGGUGGGGAGUGGCCAGCUCCACUACUCCGUCCCCGAGGAGGCCAAACACGGCACCUUCGUGGGCCGCAUCGCGCAGGACCUGGGGCUGGAGCUGGCGGAGCUGGUGCCGCGCCUGUUCCGGGUGGCGUCCAAAACACACGGGGACCUUCUGGAGGUAAAUCUGCAGAAUGGCAUUUUGUUUGUGAAUUCUCGGAUCGACCGCGAGGAGCUGUGCGGGUGGAGCUCGGAGUGUAGCAUCCACCUGGAGGUGAUAGUGGACAGGCCGCUGCAGGUUUUCCAUGUGGACGUGGAAGUGAAGGACAUUAAUGACAACGCGCCAGUUUUUCCAAUGGCUGUAAAGAAUCUGUUUAUUUCCGAAUCCCGACAGCCUGGCUCUCGGUUUUCGCUAGAGGGCGCAUCAGAUGCAGAUAUCGGAACUAAUUCGUUGUUGACUUACAGUCUUGAUUCCACUGAAUAUUUUACCUUGAACGUUAAAAGAAAUGAUGAGGAAAUUAAAUCCCUUGGACUCGUGUUGAAAAAAAAUUUAAAUCGAGAGGACACUCCUAAGCAUUAUUUACUAAUAACAGCAAUUGAUGGUGGGAAACCAGAGCUCACUGGCACGACUCAACUAAAGAUCACUGUUUUAGAUGUAAACGACAACGCCCCAGCGUUUGAGAGGACGAUCUAUAAAGUCAGAUUAUUCGAAAAUGCACCAAAUGGUACCCUAGUGGUGACCGUUAACGCCACAGAUUUGGAUGAAGGAGUAAAUAAGGAUAUCGUAUAUUCUUUCAAUACGGACAUGUCAACAGAUAUUCUGUCAAAAUUCCAUUUAGAUCCAGUCAAUGGACAAAUCAGUGUAAAGGGUAACAUAGAUUUCGAGGAAAGUAAGUCAUAUGAAAUCCAGGUAGAAGCCACGGAUAAAGGAAAUCCUCCAAUGUCAGAUCACUGCACGGUUCUACUCGAAAUUGUGGACAUCAAUGAUAAUUUACCUGAGUUAGUUAUUAAAUCACUAUCUUUACCUGUAUUAGAAGACUCGCCAGUUAGCACAGUCAUCGCCCUGAUCAGUGUGUCUGACCGUGACUCAGGUGUCAAUGGACAGGUCACCUGCUCCCUGACGCCCCACGUCCCCUUCAAGCUGGUGUCCACCUUCAAGAAUUACUACUCGUUGGUGCUGGACAGCGCCCUGGACCGUGAGAGUGUGUCGGCCUAUGAGCUGGUGGUGACCGCGCGGGACGGGGGCUCGCCUUCACUGUGGGCCACCGCCAGCGUGUCUGUGGAGGUGGCCGACGUGAACGACAACGCGCCAGCGUUCGCACAGUCCGAGUACACGGUGUUCGUGAGGGAGAACACCCCGCCGGGCUGCCACAUCUUCACUGUGUCUGCGCGGGACGCGGACGCGCAGGAGAACGCGCUGGUGUCCUACUCGCUGGUGGAGCGGCGGGUGGGCGAGCGCGCGCUGUCGAGCUACGUGUCGGUGCACGCGGAGAGCGGCAAGGUGUACGCGCUGCAACCGCUGGACCGCGAGGAACUGGAGCUGCUGCAGUUCCAGGUGAGCGCGCGCGACGCGGGCGUUCCAUCUCUGGGCAGCAACGUGACGCUGCAGGUGUUCGUGCUGGACGAGAACGACAACGCGCCAGCACUGCUGACGCCUCGGGUGGGUGGCAUCGGUGGUGCAGUGAGUGAGCUAGUGCCGCGGUCAGUGGGUGCGGGCCACGUGGUAGCGAAGGUGCGUGCAGUGGAUGCUGACUCAGGCUACAACGCGUGGCUUUCGUACGAGCUGCAGCCGGGGACUGGUGGCGCGCGCAUCCCGUUCCGCGUGGGGCUGUACACGGGCGAGAUCAGCACGACGCGUGCCCUGGACGAGGUGGAUGCCGCGCGCCACCGCCUACUGGUGCUGGUGAAGGACCACGGUGAACCCUCAUUGACCGCCACAGCUACUGUGCUGGUGUCGCUGGUGGAGAGUGGCCAGCCACCCAAGGCCUCGUCCCGGGCGUCCGCUGGCGCCACCGGCCCUGAGGCUGCACUGGUGGAUGUCAACGUGUACUUGAUCAUCGCCGUCUGCGCAGUGUCUAGUCUGUUGGUGCUCACACUGCUGCUAUAUACUGCUCUGAGGUGCUCUGCGCCGCCAACCGAAGGCGCGUGUGGGCCGGGCAAGCCCACGCUGGUGUGCUCCAGCGCGGUGGGGAGCUGGUCAUACUCGCAGCAGAGGCAGCAGAGGAUGUGCUCUGGAGAGGAGUUGCCCAAGACCGACCUCAUGGCUUUUAGCCCUAGCCUUCCUCCUUGUCCAAUUAGCCGGGAUAGAGAGGAGAAACAGGAUAGUCAGCCAAAGUACUUGUCCUCCCAGAUAUGGAACUUCAAUCUUCAAAUCCAGCUUGCCUCUUGA